CAAGCAUGGAGAGACACUUCUUGCAAGUGAAGCCGCCAACAAUCUUAGAGCGCGUCCACCACAGAUGCUGAAGCGACGCCUUUUGUAUAUGAGAAGAUGCCAACAAGCGCAGAGCGACGCUACUUCGACGUGAAGCCGCCUACAGACUUAGAGAAGACGCCAACCGACGCUUCUUGCAGACGUUGAAAACGCCAUAAUAAACUCGGUGCGACGCUUCUUGCAGAUACGAAGAACGUCUUCAAGCUCGGAGAGAUCUCGAAAGUGUAUGGAACACACAGUUUUUCAAAUUUUGUAUUCACUUUUGGAUGUGGCACCAUGUAUAUAGUACACGUUCUAUGUUAGAUUGGCAACACUGGUUUCCCCUCCCCAUUCGAUUUUUACAUAACCAAACUUUUCUCUUCUCGAUUCAUUGCUAAAGUUGUAAUUAUUUUAAUUUAUACGUACUGCAAUGAAGAUAUUAUUAUUUGGUAUUUGCUUUGUAUGUUUCAUAUCUACACUUAGCGCUUCAAAUUAUGGCGACCUGACCGAUAAUGAGUUCGCUGAAUUUGAGGACUUCGAAGCCGAAGAUGACGUUUUUACUAGCGACGAUGGCCAGAAAAGCGUAAAGGAGUCGUCGGCCGAAGAUGGUUUCGUCGAGGAGGACGACGAGCAGGACGCUAUUGUCGAGGACGAAUCCGAAUUUGAACAUUUUCAAGAUUCUGAGGAGUUCGAAGGUUUCGCCGACGCGAAGGACGAGAAACCGGCGUCCGAACCGAAAAUAACCAUUACUAAAGUUCCCAUACACUUUCGGGCGAAUUGGGACAGCUACUGGUUGGAGAUUUUAAUGAUCGCCGGAUUGGUUGUGUAUUUUUUGAAUUUCGCAACUGGAAAGAGUAAGAAUACGAAGAUCGCCAACGUGUGGUUUCAAACACAUAAAACACUUCUCGAAGAAAAUUUCUCCUUAGUCGGGGACGACACCACCAUCGAAAACAAGGAGGGCGGAGCCUUAAUUAAAGAAAGCGAAAAUAUAUUCACACUGUGGUGUAGUGGUCGAGUGUGUUGCGAAGGGAUGCUAGUCGAGCUCAAGUUGAUAAAGCGCCAGGACUUGGUAGCGGUCAUUGCGGGAAUGAUGAGACCUACCUUGGAUCAGAUACACGUGAAAGUUAUAAUGAAUAAGGAGGAUAUGGAUAGUUUCGUCUUCUGUGUCGCAUCGAAAAAGGUAUCCUUGCAUUUCUCUAAGGAAAUGGCAGACAUUAGCAUGUAUUGCCCUGAGAGGCGCCCCGGUGAAAAACAAAAUAUACCGAGUAAUUUCAGUAUAAUGAGCGAAAUACCCGAGACAACCUCUGCACUGUUAGAUUCCAAAGUGACCACAGUACUUAAUAAAUACGCCGAGUACGUAGAAUACAUUCACUUUUCUGAUCAGUACACAGGAGUAAAGCAAGCCGACGAUACUGGCGCGUUAAAGCUACCCGACACUCAGAAGGUGUUGCUCUUCGGAUUUAAUGUCCCGGCAAAAGGCGCGGGAACGACUGAAACGAUGGAGCAACUAAAACCGCUCAUGACAAUGGUGUUGUACUGUAUCGACAAGAUCAAGCGUUACCGUCUAUCAAAGGAAGGCAAGGCAAAGGCUGAAAAGAACCGUCAACGAGUCGAAGAGGCAUUUUUAAAAUCGACGCACGUCGCUCGCGCCGAGGCGGCCGCGGCACGUCGUGAGGAGCGCAGGCGAUUGGAAAAGGAGAAGGUAAUGGCGGAUUCCGACCCCGAGAAGCAGAGACGCUGGGAGGAAAAGGAGCAAAAGCGUCAGGCGAAGAAACGCGCGCCUAAAAUGAAACAGCUCAAAGUGAAAGCUCUGUGAAGGAUUGUACAGGGUGUUUGUAAAACGUCAUCAUUUUUUUUGUUACAUUGUUGUUAAUUAUAGUAAUCAUUCUUUGCCUUACUUAAUGUUACAUGUUUUUUCGGAUUUUUGUUCUUUAUCGUUUUGAAUUUUUGGGAGCGCUAAUGUGAUACUAAUUAACCAAAAAGAUAAAUGGAAUCGGAGCAAAAGUUCAAAGACUAUUUAACAUACAAACUAAGGCGACGUUUUAGUUGUGUACCCAAUAUAGAUAGUUAUAAAUUAA